UGGUACACGGAGUGAAGAGUCUAGAGAGUAGGACCCCAGUAACCACAAGAAAACAAAAAGUAAACACAAGGAACAAGGAAACCCAAGUGAUAACCUUCAACCCCUACUCUAGACAAGAACCCACAAAGCAAUAAAUCCGGAAGGCCAACACCCUUAGGCCUCCAAGGUACAAUUAGGUACCUUACUCGACAAAGAGUCCAAAGAACAACAAACUGGUCCGUGCACGACGGGGAAAGCUGUCCCUUCCGAUCCGCAUAUACAUGCCUCCACGCCCAAAUCUCGUCUUACCCAAGCAAUUAACCAACCUCACCCCCCUUAACCAUAUCCCAAAAUGGCCGAUGACGAAGAGCGUACCAAGGCCGAGAAGCUAGCCGCCGCGAAAAAGAGGGUCGCGCAACUACAGAAGCAGAAGAAAAAGGCGAAUAAGAAAACGUCAGGUUCUGAGGCUGCUACGACGGCUAAGGAAACAAAGGAGUCUUCGCCGAGUACUGAAGAUAAACAACAAGUAGUAGUAGUAGAAGAAGAGGAAGGACAAUCACAAGCCCCAGAAGGGUCGAAAGAGGAACCGAACCUAGCAGACGAUGCCCAAGAUAAGUCCGAAGACCAGCAACAGCAACAACAAGAGCAGCAGACACAGACGCAAGAUGAACCUGAACAACCCCCUACCGAACAAUCCACCUCCCCGACGCCCUCAGCAGAACCCCAGCCCGCCGUGAAAGCGAACACGCCGUCGCGCCACGGCCGUCAGCCUUCGCUAUCGAUCCAGUCGAAGAUGAGGUCGUCUUCGUUCCGGAAGGGGUCCGUGUCGCAGGGUAGUGCGUCGCCCUCGCCGUCUGCGGUGCUGAAGUCACCCUCUUUGCCGCCGUUGACGGCUGAUGGGGAGUCUGUGCAUGAGGUGUAUCGGAAGCAGGCGGGGCGGAUUGAGGAGGUGGAGAAGGAGAAUCGGCGGCUGGAGAAGGAGCUUGAGGAGGCGACAGGCCGGUGGAAGAAGACGGAGGAGCAGUUGGAGGAGUUUCGGGAGGCAAGUGUUGAUGUUGCGGAGUUGAAGGAGAAGUUGGCUAAGGCUGAGGAGAAGGUGGGGGAAGUUGAGGAGUUGAAAGCGGAGAUUGCCUCACUUCAGAGACAGAACUCGCAUCUGCAGAAGACGCAUCGGAGUACUGCGUCGCCGGCCUCGUCGGAGUCCCCUCCUGCGGAUCUUGUGCAGCAGCUUGAGUCGAAGUCCGCUACGAUUGAGGCUAUGGAGCUUGAGAUCUCGAACCUGCGCGCUCAGCUUACGGAUCAGUCUUCAUCUAGUAGUGCCCAUGAGGCGCAGAUCAAGGCUCUGGAAGAAAAGCUGUCAAGCAGCGAAGCAGCGCUGGAGAGUGCGCAGAGCGAACUCACGGAAACCAAGAAUGCGUUAGCCCGUGCAUCAGAGAAAGCCGCCAAGGAAGGAGUGGACAAGACCUCCACGGAAACCCAGAUCAAGAACCUAGAACGGGAACUCUCAGAAGUAAAGGAGAGCAAAUCCGAAUCCGAGAAGAAGAUCGAAACGCUCGAGAAAAAGAUCGAAGCAAUGGGCAACCUGCACAAGGAGUCCGAAACACGACACCAAGCCCGCCUGCGCGAGACCGAGAAGACAGAACAAGAGGUCGCACAACUCCGGAGCCGACUAGCCAGCGCCGAGAAUGAAAGCCUCCGGUUAAAGGAAGAGCAGGAGACGCUUCGCAAGCGCAACGCUGUUGGCGCGGACGACGACGGCAUCGACGAACUGGAGGACGAAGAACGGUCCCGUCUGGAGCGCCGAAUCCGCGAUUUGGAAGGCGAAAUCUUUGACCUCCGUCGCGGAGUAUGGAAGGAGAAACGCGAGGAAAUUGCUCAUGGCCGUGAACCCAGUGUCGCUUAUUCUUCCAAUGCCAACCAGGCUGCCAAUGCUUUCGAUGAUGUUGACCUCGUCGGUGGAGCUCCUGAACAUGCCCGCCGACGCAGCAUGCAGCAGCAUUCGUCCUUCUCGACUGUUUUCUCUAGCGGACUCGCUGCCUUUACUGGGGGUAACACGUACGGGAACAGAGCCCGUGCGCCCUCGAAUAAACAGCACCCACCUGCUGCACGGGGCAGUCUCGAACUCUUAUCCGAGGAGAACUUCGACGACGAGUUCGACGAGGCAGAGUUUGCCCGCGCCCAGGCCGAGGAAGAAGCUCGCAAACGCGUCGAAUGGGUCCGCGAGAUCAAGAAGAAACUCAAGGACUGGCAUGGCUGGCGGCUGGAUCUGGUUGACAGUCGAGCUGGAGCGGAAGGAGCCGGAGUGGGAAUGGGCGAGAUAUUCGAGAUCUAGACUUAUAUUUCAUACCUAAGCUGGUCAUCUCUUUAUGCAUUGUUUAUGAGAAGGUUCAUGGUCAUGUUCACGGGCUGUGGUUGGAUGGAGUACGGCGGAUGCGUAGAUAUCCCAAUUGAUGAUGUUUCAUUGCUCAUUUUUUUUUCUAUCAGAUCUUUCCGAAUGUGUUAAUU